AAGCGAAGAGAAACGAUUGUAGAGUAACGAGUAACAUUAAAAAAACUAACUUUGCAAAAGGCUGCCAUUUUUUGGUUGUGGUGCGGAUAAUAUUGAAUUUUGUCCUGUACUUCGGUCGCACAACGCGUGUGUGUUUGCGUUUUUCGAUAAAGUUAAUGUCCGCAGUUCCUUUGACGAAGUGAAACGUACCGAUUUGUGCCGUGAAAAUGUGAUAUUCCUUCGCCAAGAGCGACCCAAGUGCGUGCAAAAAAGUCCUUGAGAAAAAUUUCUUCCUGCCGGUGUUUCCCUUUUUGUACCUUCGGCCAGCAGCCCAACUGUAAUAAACGGUGCGGGGUUGGUCGGGUGCAAGGCGUGCGGUCAGGGGAAAACAUUUUGUGAGAGUGAUCCAAGUUCUGGAAAUGUCUUCAAAAUUGUUAAACUACCCAGCGGCCAGUUCCAAUCCGCAUCUGAGUGCCGGUACAUCCGGUUCGACGGCUGGGGUAAGAAACGGAACUACCAGCCACGGUUCGGCUCAGCUCAACUUUGAAAAUCUCCAACUGGAUGACAUCCUGUGCACCGUGUGUCAGUCGGUCCUAGUAGAACCAGUGUUCCUGCCGUGUCAGCAUCGGUUCUGCCGGAACUGCCUCAGCGGAACGAUCGAGAAAAACAAUCUCAACUGUCCGUGCUGUCGGAAACGGUUUGGAACGUGGUAUCGGAAUGCCUCCCGUGUGAACAAACUGGUUCAUGAGCAGCUGUGGAAUGCGAUUCAGAGCCAAUUCCGGGACUACCUGGACGAGGACGGAGCUGGCCGGUGCAACGGGAACGGGAGCACCGGAGGCUGCUUCGUGCCGCAAACCGAAAGCGUGAUCCACCUGAGCGAACCGGGCGAAAUCCGCAAAGAGUACGAAACCGAACUGCAGCGGUACCGGAAGGAGCUGAUCGAGGAGAAGAAGAAGGAACUGGCUGCAUCCGAGAAGUACAUUAUCAAUCUCUACAAACAGGAAGGCAUCAUCGAUUUGGUCGACAGCAGUGACCACCUGUCGAUUUCCUCCACAACGAGCACUCCGGAACCGGAGAAGAAACGGCAGCCAACAACCGCCAAAACCGAUGCCAUCCACGAGGUGGACGAUGACGAAGAGGCCGGUCCGUCCGGAUCGUCCUUUCCGCAGCAGUCCGGUAACAAUCAGAAAGGCAAUCAUCCACCGCAGCAACCGCAGCAGCCAAACCAGAAUAGUGUGAUCAGCAGCAGUAGCAAUGUGCACCCUAGUCGUCCGGAGACUACCAAGUCCCAGUCCAAUGGAAGUGUCAUAUCCAUCUCGUCUACGUCGUCCGCUUCGGCAGCUUCUUCGUCGUGCAUCUCGUCGGCAUCAAGCCGGUAUAGUCUAAUCAAAUCGGCCGCCAAACAGCAGAAUAAGGCACAAAGUUCGAACCAAGCUGGGAAAGCGGCCACGGUGGGUAGCAGCAGCAGUGGGGCGGUGAAGAAGGUUUUCACGAUGGCCGAGCUCAACAAGAGCGAACUGUGCGUCAAACCGACCAAACUGCACCGGCGAACAUCUAGUCAAGCCGUGGACGAUGACGACGACGAUGGGGACAGUUUGCGGUCUGAGCUGAACCAUUUCAAGCCCAUCAUUGCCACCACGCCUAAGAGUUGCUUUUCAUCCAAGGCAGUCGUCCGAGUUCCUUCCGUACGGCCGGAAACCGGCCUGCUGCCACCGAAGACCGAGUGUUUCAGUCCCAGCAAAAGUCCCUUCAAGCCAAUCGAUCCAACUACUCCGCGCCGGUCGGCAUUCUCCGUAGUAAAUGUGCACCUUUUCACUCCACCUGCCACCGUCAGCCAGACGGACGGGAAAUCCAAGAAGCAAAAAUCCACGGAAACUUCCACCGCGAAAAAGAAGAAUAAGAAAAAGAAGACUGCUGUACCGCCAUCCAGUUCCUCUUCGGCGUCGGCGACGGUGUCGGGGGCGAAGAAACGAAAUGGAACCACCAAAAAGACUAACGGUACUACUUCCGGCGGUACCAAUCGACGCAAGCGGAAGCUAAAGUUUUCCCCUCAACCGAAGGGAAAGGUGAAAGACGACAAUCCUCCGAAGGAUAUUUCUUCUAGUAGCAACAGCAGCAGCAGUAACAGUAGGGUAACUCGACGAAGUCUGAAUCGGGAGUCGACUCGACUGAAAGAUCUCAUCGUUAGCGAUCAGCAACGGCGGGAGGCAAUGAUCGAACAGGAACGGCGGGACUUUGAAUUCGCACAAAAACUCCAAAAGAAGCUCAAUCGCACAAGGGGUGCCACGAUGCUGCUAGUAGAUCCCCUUCCCAAGGAAGCCCCAACGGUAGCUAGAAAGCAAAACAGCGCAUACUCAUUGCGGCGGAAAUCGGUAGCUGUGGUUCCGACUGCACUGAUGGCUCCGCCACCCCCGCCACCCCCGCCACCGCCAAGAAACAUAACGUCCAGCAUUGGCUCGGAAGCGCCUUCCCGGAAGAGGACUCCACCGAAGGUGGAAACGAAAUCCGCCAAUCCUCCAACGACAAAUGCCAAGAAGCCAAAGCUGCAGGCAGCAACCACGACAACGACGACGAAACAGGACGAACAACCGAAACCGGAAGCAGCUAGCAGCAGAGUCCUUCGGCGGUCCACGCGAAUAAGGUCCUAGAGAGGGCAAUGAGAAGCGACUCGUUUCUCUUCGGAUUGUGAUGCUUUCUUUUGUCAAUGCCACCGACCGUCGGGUCACCGAGCUACAAGCGUUGACGAUUGAUGUAAAUGUGAUUUUAGCGACUCAAACACACCGAUUUUGAUGAACUGGGGCAACGCUGGAGUGCAGCAGUUAAGGUAAGACCGUAAGCGUUGGAUGUAUGAACGAAGGAUGCGUGCGUGUUUGAUCACUAUUUAUGAUAAUUAACCUAUUCUAGUUCUCGCUCACUGUUUUCCUAUAAGCAAUCAUUUCCGAUUUUGUUUCUUAUACCUAGUAGUACCUUACUGAAUAAAAGUGAGUGCAUUUCUAUUGUGUUUUUUAAACGUGAUUUCACUUCCCUCGACACAAGCGAGGGAAAGAAACAACAAAUUCUGUUUAGUUCUUUCAGUUCUGUCAGAGAGUAUGAAAGAGUAAGAUAAUGUCGAUUCGAUGUUUUGUAAAUAGAUGUUUUAAAACUUUGUCGAUGAUCGAAAACUAAAACCAAACAAAAAAGGUUAAACUUACUCAGUAGUUUGUAAACGUGACAACAAUCCGCUUAGGUUAUUUUUUUUUUUGCGAAAUUCAAAAAAACUAUUAUCUAAAAAGCAUUCCUUAUGUCUAUCGUCGUUGAAGUGGAAACUUAUUCAACCGUCACCACAGUAGAGCAGGGAAAAUUGUAUUUCCAAUGUUAGUGUAGAAUAUUAUUACUCCAAUGUGUAGUAGCGAAAAAUCAAAUACACAGUUGAGUCGAAUGGAAAAGAAAAAUUAAACUUGACAAUGUCUCUUCGACUUACAAAGAAGGCAUAUAGCCAGUAUAAUUCGGAAUAAGGUAUCGUUCUAAUGUUCUCAAAACUAUUAUGCAAAGCACAUGAAGUGACUGGAUGACGCAAAACGUUGCGUUAGUACAAGAGUUCUCCUGGACGUCUAUUUGCUCUUUUUAUUUUCUUUUAAUAGCAGUUCUAUUUUGAAUGUAGGUCGGGUGGAGCACUACUUCGGCAUAUGGGACGCAUUUCCGUGACACGUUGAUAUGGGUUCUUUGAUAGUUUCUUUCUUCAUGAAGAAAACCAGUUCGGUUGAUAGUUGAACGCAUAAUGAUCUUUAUUAAAUUUCAAUCUUAUCCUCUAACUCCUUUGUAAUCUAGUACUUCUUCAAGCUUAUUCUAGUUGGUGGGGGAUCUUGAACAACCAUUUACAUUUCAACGAAUCAGAGGGCGGUAAAGUAUACGGUCGAAUGCCAAUAUGUGUACUAUGUAAACUAAGCGCUGUUGGUAUUGGUCAGUAUCGAGUCGGAAAGAAAUGGAAAGCUCCGAAAUUCGAAUCCGUUUGUCUUUUGGUGCACAUGAACAACAACUAUGCAU